AAUUCGGCCACGUUAAAAGACACGAGGCUGCACGCAGUGACACGGCACGCUACCGCAAGUCAGCCCCCUGCAGGUCCCACACAGCCCAGGUUUCUGUCCCAGCGACCCCUCCACAGACGCGCGCGCGCGCACACACUGUCCCCCGCUCGCCGCGCUCGGGCAAACGCUCACACGAACGCAGGCGCACACUCCGGCGCGGGAGGCGCCCUCCCUCGGCUCCGCGUUAAGAAGCGGGGGCGGCGGGAGGGGUAAGAGACUUGGGUCCCGCUCGAGGCUCCGCAGCUGCCGCAGUCGCCGCAGCGCCAGGACCCGGACCCUCCAAGCCCGCGGAGGAGUCUCCUCCGCGGGGCCCACUUGGCAGAAGGCGGCGGGAGCCACGCCGGGACCUGCUUCAGCACCGCGGACAGCGCCGCUCGCUCGGGGCCGAAAACCCGACGCGCACCCAGGACAGCCCCAGCCGGGCGAAGGCGCGGGUGCUCCGUUCCCUCCCGAAGACGUCCAGGGCCUAAGGUCCCCGGGGAGGUGGCGCCCCUCGCCCGCCAGAUCGGGCGCGCGCAGGACGGCCGGGGCGCCCCGCUGGGGAUGCGCCGAGAGCCCCUCGUUCGCGCUGCCCAGAGCCAGGGCGCUGCCCGGAGCCCAUGAGCACCAUGCACCUGCUGACACUCGCCCUGCUUUUCUCCUGCUCCUUCGCCCGUGCCGCCUGCGACCCCAAGAUCGUCAACAUCGGCGCGGUGCUGAGCACGCGGAAGCACGAGCAGGUCUUCCGCGAGGCCGUGAACCAGGCCAACAAGCGGCACGGCUCCUGGAAGAUCCAGCUCAACGCCACCUCCGUCACCCACAAGCCCAACGCCAUCCAGAUGGCCCUGUCCGUGUGCGAGGACCUGAUCUCCGGCCAGGUGUACGCCAUCCUGGUCAGUCACCCACCCACGCCCAAUGACCACUUCACCCCCACCCCCGUCUCCUACACAGCCGGCUUCUACCGCAUCCCCGUGCUGGGGCUGACCACCCGCAUGUCCAUCUACUCAGACAAGAGCAUCCACCUGAGCUUCCUGCGCACCGUGCCGCCCUACUCCCACCAGUCCAGCGUCUGGUUCGAGAUGAUGCGCGUCUACAGCUGGAACCACGUCAUCCUCCUGGUCAGCGACGACCACGAGGGCCGCGCGGCGCAGAAGCGCCUGGAGACGCUGCUGGAGGAGCGCGAGUCCAAGAGUAAAAAAAGGAACUAUGAAAACCUCGACCAACUGUCCUAUGACAACAAGCGCGGACCCAAGGCGGAGAAGGUGCUGCAGUUUGACCCGGGGACCAAGAACGUGACGGCCCUGCUGAUGGAAGCGCGGGAGCUGGAGGCCAGGGUCAUCAUCCUCUCGGCCAGCGAGGACGACGCUGCCACCGUGUACCGCGCAGCCGCGAUGCUGAACAUGACGGGUUCGGGGUACGUGUGGCUGGUGGGGGAGCGCGAGAUCUCGGGGAACGCCCUGCGCUACGCCCCAGAUGGCAUCAUCGGGCUGCAGCUCAUCAACGGCAAGAACGAGUCGGCCCACAUCAGCGAUGCGGUGGGCGUGGUGGCCCAGGCGGUGCACGAGCUCCUGGAGAAGGAGAACAUCACCGACCCGCCCCGGGGCUGCGUGGGCAACACCAACAUCUGGAAGACCGGGCCGCUCUUCAAGAGAGUGCUGAUGUCCUCCAAGUACGCGGACGGCGUGACCGGCCGCGUGGAGUUCAACGAGGACGGGGACCGUAAGUUCGCCAACUACAGCAUCAUGAACCUGCAGAACCGCAAACUGGUGCAAGUGGGCAUCUACAACGGCACCCACGUCAUCCCCAACGACAGGAAGAUCAUCUGGCCGGGCGGAGAGACGGAGAAGCCGCGAGGGUACCAGAUGUCCACCCGGCUGAAGAUCGUGACGAUCCACCAGGAGCCCUUCGUGUACGUCAAGCCCACGCUGAGCGAUGGCACGUGCAAGGAGGAGUUCACAGUCAACGGGGAUCCUGUCAAGAAAGUGAUCUGCACGGGGCCCAACGACACGUCGCCGGGCAGCCCACGCCACACGGUGCCUCAGUGCUGUUACGGCUUCUGCAUCGACCUGCUCAUCAAGCUGGCGCGGACCAUGAACUUCACCUACGAGGUGCACCUGGUGGCUGAUGGCAAGUUCGGCACACAGGAACGGGUGAAUAACAGCAAUAAGAAGGAGUGGAACGGGAUGAUGGGCGAGCUGCUCAGCGGGCAGGCGGACAUGAUCGUGGCCCCGCUGACCAUCAACAACGAGCGCGCACAGUACAUCGAGUUCUCCAAGCCCUUCAAGUACCAGGGCCUGACCAUUCUGGUCAAGAAGGAGAUCCCGCGGAGCACGCUGGACUCCUUCAUGCAGCCCUUCCAGAGCACGCUGUGGCUUCUCGUGGGGCUGUCGGUGCACGUGGUGGCUGUGAUGCUGUACCUGCUGGACCGCUUCAGCCCCUUCGGCCGGUUCAAGGUGAACAGCGAAGAGGAGGAGGAGGACGCGCUGACGCUGUCCUCGGCCAUGUGGUUCUCCUGGGGCGUCCUGCUGAACUCGGGCAUCGGAGAAGGCGCCCCCCGGAGUUUCUCCGCGCGCAUCCUGGGCAUGGUGUGGGCCGGCUUUGCCAUGAUCAUCGUGGCCUCCUACACCGCCAACCUGGCGGCCUUCCUGGUUCUGGACCGGCCCGAGGAGCGCAUCACGGGGAUCAACGACCCGCGGCUGAGGAAUCCGUCGGACAAGUUCAUCUACGCGACGGUGAAGCAGAGUUCGGUGGACAUCUACUUCCGGCGGCAGGUGGAGCUGAGCACCAUGUACCGACACAUGGAAAAGCACAACUACGAGAGCGCGGCCGAGGCCAUCCAGGCCGUGCGGGACAACAAACUGCACGCCUUCAUCUGGGACUCGGCGGUGCUGGAGUUCGAGGCCUCGCAGAAGUGCGACUUGGUGACCACGGGCGAGCUGUUCUUCCGCUCCGGCUUCGGCAUCGGCAUGCGCAAGGACAGCCCCUGGAAGCAGAACGUCUCUCUGUCCAUCCUCAAGUCUCAUGAGAACGGCUUUAUGGAAGACCUGGACAAGACGUGGGUGAGGUACCAGGAGUGCGACUCGCGCAGCAAUGCCCCUGCCACCCUCACCUUCGAGAACAUGGCAGGGGUCUUCAUGCUGGUGGCCGGGGGCAUCGUGGCUGGGAUCUUCCUGAUCUUCAUCGAAAUCGCCUACAAGCGGCACAAGGACGCCCGCCGGAAGCAGAUGCAGCUGGCCUUCGCCGCGGUGAACGUGUGGAGGAAGAACCUGCAGGUAGGGGGGGCCACCCUGCGAGGCCUGGAGCCCACGGCCCGGCCUGGCCCUGUCCUCCUCCACCCCGACAGGCCGGAGCGCUGGCCCUGGCUCCUGGAGCCCCUGGGAGCAGGGCUGGAGCCAGGAGCCACGGCCACGGGCGGCGCCAGUGGGGGACCACCUGCAGGUGGCCGCCCACUGCCCAGCCAGGCGGAGGGGGGCCACGCACCCUGCCCCAGGCCUCCGCCCGGCCCCUCCGUCUGCAGAGUCGCCCUCCGGCGCCCAUUCCGUAGGAAGGCAAACUGAGGCAGGGUAAGACAGGGACCCCCCCCGGGGGAAGCACGUGAGUCUCAGAUGCACUCUGCCCUCGCCGCCCCACACCCCUCCUCAGCGACCUCCGGGCCCCGGUCCCCGCUGCCCUGCUGCGUCCUGUGCUGCAUCGCUCCGGUCUGAAGCGGUCUGGCUGGCCCAGCCCGGCGCCUCUGCCCGCGUCUGCGGGAACUCGCUGCCAGCGGGGCCCGGGCCGCACCCGGGGCAGCCGCAGCCCUCCUGGGGCGGGGCAGGCCCCUGGCGCCUGCCCUGCGGCCCGAGCCCAGGUUGCCGCAUCUCUUCUCUUUCUCUGGGCGCCUCCCCAGAGCCCGCGUCCUGGGAAGAAGCUCGCAGUGCAGAGAGGGCGGGCCUCGGGGGGGCGGGUUGCUGGACUCCCCCCACCUCUCAUCUGCCCACUCUUGCUCUCGGGACCUGGGCGCUGCUCUCACUGGCGGGCACAGGGUCGUCCUGGCCAUCAGACCGAAGGCCAGGGUCCCAGGAGCUGCCUCUACCUGCCGCUCCAAUUCGUCUGGACACCCACCUCUGGCCCCUCGGCCCCUCCUGAAUCUCCGUGUGCCCCCCAGGGGUCAGCAUGGCCGGCAGGCCCGAGGGGCGACUCCUCCGGCGCUUGGGGGGGACCCUCCUCCUUGGGAUGCCUGUAAACCAGGGCCACCCAGGAGCCAGGGAGCCGAGCGGACCUCCCAGGAAGAGAGCCAGACGGGACCCCCCAAGCCCAGCCCCAGCGCGAGCCAGGUCAGACCCGACCCGACCCGGAGCCCAGGCCGCCUGCGCGCGGCCGGCGGCCCAGCGCAGGGAGGCAGGCAGGAGCGAGGGCCCGAGCGGGGGCCAGGCCGGGCAGCGGCCCCCAAGGAGCAGGCGAGGGCAGGUGUGGCCGUGCCCCUUAGCUGUCUAAUCACUAUACAUAUUCAUUUUAGGAUAGAAAGAGUGGUAGAGCAGAGCCCGACCCUAAAAAGAAAGCCACAUUUAGGGCUAUCACCUCCACCCUGGCUUCCAGCUUCAAGAGACGUAGGUCCUCCAAAGACACGGUAAGGGGAAGAACGCCCAGCCCCCCGUC